GAUUGAAAGACAAAUCUCUGGAUGAGAGGUGAAAAAAUAACACAAAGAAGAAAAUGGCACAAGCACAACCUGAGAAAAUCCAAGACAGUACAGAAAAGGAAAUGAAAAUGAAAGAAACAAGCAGUGUAUCAUUCAGAUUCAAUGCCCAGGCACCUGAAUUUGUGCCAAGAUCACAGACCCAGAUGCCUAUCUCGGGUUAUGUCUAUCCAUGCCUCCACUUUCUUGGUGGGACUGCUGGUUGUGGCUCUAAUUUGUUCUAUGUUGGGGACCAAGACCCUGCAUAUUUGAUCUCCAACCCCAAUGUUGUGCCACCCAAUCUCUCCAAAAACACCCAAACUAAUGAUCUUCAGCAAAAGAUCAACAAACAGGUGGAAUACCAGUUCAGCGAUAUGAGUCUGCUUGCAUAUGAUGCUUUGGUGAAACACAUAAAUAAAGAUCCCGAAGGUUAUGUUCCAAUAUCUGUUAUUGCUUCCACAAAAAAGAUCAAGUCCCUUGUUAGUAAUAACUCUGUACUUGUCCAGGCACUGCGGUCCUCUCCAAGGCUUGUUUUAAGUGAUGAUGGCAAGAAGGUUAGACGUAGAGACCCUUUCACUGAGAGAGCCAAAGAGGAGUUACAGUCUCGUACUAUUGUUGCAGAGAAUUUGCCUGAAGAUCACUCUCAUCAAAACCUUGAGAAAAUAUUUGGUGUGGUUGGAAGUGUGAAAACAAUUCGAAUAUGUCAUCCCCAGGAAUCCAAUUCUUCCCGCUCCAAAUGCGAUUUUUCAAUUAGUAACAAGCUCCAUGCACUUGUGGAGUAUGAGACUACAGAGAGAGCUGAAAAAGCGGUUGAGAAAUUAAAUGAUGAAAGGAACUGGAGAAAGGGGCUUCGAGUAAAGUUGCUGCUUAGACGAACACCAAAAUCUGUUCUAAAGAGCAGAAAGUCAGACUUUGAUAGUGUUUCAGAGGAUGAUGAGAAGCCACCUCCUGAAUCCUAUGAAGAGUCCUCGCAGCCAAACAACAUAGAUUCGGCCAUUGAGAGCAAUGCUGAGGAAAAUUCAGUUGGAACAAAGAAAGGAUGGGCUCGAGGACGAGGAAAGUCCCGGGGACGUGCUCAAAGCCAUAUUGGACGUGGCCUAAUUGCCUUAUCUCCACAACUGUGCAGCAGUGGUGUUCAUUGUGAAGCAUCAGCCAAACAGGCUUCCAAGGGCCCAAGAAUGCCAGAUGGGACAAGGGGUUUCACUAUGGGACGAGGCAAGCCAUUAAGUACUGCAGCUCUAACUGGUUCACCUUGAGUGAUUGGUGGUGCUCUAAUUUUGAUUUUGGUCUAUUAGUUAAGAUAAAGUGGCUCUAUAUUUUCCCAGUAUAGUAAUUGAGAAAGUGGGAUUGGUUAAGUAGCCAAUAAGAUGUGGAUUGGUUUAUAAUUUAUUAGUCAUUGCCAACUUUAUUAUUAGUUAUUCGAAAAUGUACAUAGUAUGGUAUGCCAGAGUUGCUGGCAACUGACAAUGAUUGUAUGUAAUUUGUUCACAGUUUUUUUCCUAGCAUGUCGUUUUCUUUGAGUUUGAUGGUUUAGGUUCAGGACUCAACUUUGUCUAUUAUUGAAGGAUUUGCUUAAAUAAUGCAAUUCAGGGGGUUCAUCUCCUUUAAUUUCA